AUGAGCACGUUCGGCCGCUUCUUUCGCGUGACAACUUUUGGUGAGUCGCAUUGUAAAGGUGUUGGCUGUAUUGUUGAUGGUGUACCUCCGUCACUCGCUCUCACUGAGGCCGACAUUCAGCCGCAGCUUUCGCGUCGCCGACCCGGCCAGAGCAAGCUCACAACUCCUCGCGAUGAAAAGGACUUGGUGACUAUCAUGAGCGGCACUGAAAGAGGAUAUACGCUUGGGACCCCGGUAGCACUUUUCGUGCCUAAUGAGAAUGUGCGCCCGAAAGAUUACAAGGAGAUGGACCAAGUGCCUCGCCCAGGUCACGCUGAUUACACGUACCAGAUGAAAUACGGCAUACGCGCCAGCAGCGGUGGUGGUCGUGCUAGUGCUCGCGAAACUAUUGGUCGUGUGGCAUCUGGUGCUAUAGCCGAAAAGUGGCUGAAGGAUAAAUUCGGUACGUCCAUCGUAUGUUGGGUGAGCUCUAUUGGUACGGUGGACAUGCCACGCGACCUGUUAAACGACCCCUUAAAGGCCGUUUACACUCGUGAAGACGUGGAUACUGUUGGAUCGAUACGAAUUUUGCGUGACCCUUCCAAAUGGACAAAAGUAAAUGAUGCCGUCGAGCAGCUAGAGAAUGAUAAGGCAUACGACGUCGACUUCGUCAAAGCCGAGGAUGACAUGACUACGCCGGCGUACAUUGACACUGAGAAUAUCGUGUAUAACCGAAAUGGGAACGUGGUUCAUGCCCCCGAAAACCUGGAUGCUUGGCUUACGGAUGACCUGAUCCCUGUGCGGUGCCCACACCCGCCGUCUGCUUGCGCCAUGUCCACGGUUGUGCGCACUAUGAAAGUAGACGAAGACUCGACAGGUGGAGUCGUUACGUGCGUUGUUCGUAAUGCGCCCGUGGGCCUUGGUGAGCCAUGCUUUGACAAGAUGCAGGCUGUGCUUGCUCACGCAAUGAUGUCCAUUCCAGCUACUAAGGGAUUUGAAAUUGGCUCAGGCUUCUCAGGCACCAGCAAGCGUGGAUCAGAGCACAACGAUCCAUUCUGUGCAGGUUUAGACGCAAAGCAGCCGGAAAAACUUGGUGUGACUAAAAACGAUGCAGGUGGUGUUCUUGGUGGUAUUACGAAUGGUGCCGACAUUUAUUUUCGUGUAGCAAUCAAACCCGUGUCGACUAUUGGUCGUGCCCAGCCAACGGUCGACUAUGACGGUAAUGACACCGUGUUAGAGGCCAAGGGUCGUCACGACCCAUGUGUACUACCGCGAGUUGUGCCUCUUGUGGAAGCUAUGGCCGCCCUUGCCAUAGCCGAUGCCGCCAUGAUCCAGUUAGGUCGCGAAGGCAGCAAGCUAGAAGUAGCGUAA